GCCACGGGCCGUUGGAGCCGCAGCCGAGCCGCCAGCCACUUGGAACGAGCUCGCCGCCGCCCCCGGAGCCGCCGAGGCCAGCUGGGCGGCGCUGCCCCGCGGCGGGAGAGAGGAGGCUGCAGGAGAGAGGAGGCGGCGGCCGGCCAGCCCGCGGCGCGGCUCGGGGCUUACCGUCUCGCGGCCCGGGAGCCACGCGAGCUUCGCGCCCGCACGCACGAGCCGCGACUCGCGCCUCCCUCGGCCUCCGGCCUCUCCGCCCCCACCCCCGCCCCCGCCCCCUGGCCAGGGCCGCGCGGCGGCGGCGGCGGCGGCCAGAGGAGCAGCAUGAAUCUGCGGCUCUGCGUGCAGGCGCUCCUGCUGCUCUGGCUCUCCUUGAGCGCGGUGUGUGGAGGGCCCCUGCUGCAGACUUCUGACGGGAAGGGGAUGGAGGAAGGCACCAUCCGCCACCUGGUGCAGCCCAGAGGGCCGAGGAGCGGCCCAGGGCCCUGGCAGGGAGGUCGGAGGAAGUUCCGCCGCCAGCGGCCGCGCCUCUCCCAUAAGGGCCCCAUGCCUUUCUGAAGCAGGACUGAAGGGGCCACCACGUGUCCGCCCCCCGUGAUUCUCUCUACCCCUCCGUCGAUCGGCCUGCUUCUCUGGAGCCCUCCCAUCCGUUUGCCUCAUCUGGCCCCUGUUCUAGCUGCUGACGGUCCGGCUCUUCUCCCCCACCAGCCUCCCCGAAUGGAUUGGCGUGCUCCUGCCCCUAGCAAGGACCCAUUCAGUGCCCCCUCGUGACUUGGGAGACCCUGCACUGGAAGGCCGUCCUUCCUCUCCGCAGCCCUCCCUCUGCUCUAGUCCCUACCUCUUGUGUCCAAUACCCUAACAUCGAACCCUUCUCUCGGCCCUUCCUGCCUCAGGUAUGCCCUGGGGGCUGGGUGGAACCCGCCCUUCUUUAAUGGGCUCCAGCAGAUUCCACGGUUUCGCAUCAGCACUUCCCCCCCAGGCCUCCAGAGGGGCAUAGAGAGCGGAGCAAUGAGAGACUCCAGUGAGAGGGACGGGGUCAUUGGGAUGCAGACAGGGUGCCUUGGGGGCAUGGGAACGGGGGAUUGGCGAUCUGGCGAAGGGGGAGUGAAGCAGCGGAGAAGAGGAGGAAUAGCUACUGUGGCCUCUUCCUCAUCCCCAUGUUUGGCCCGGUUGAGGAAGAGGUGAAGGAGAGGGGCCGCGAAGUACUUUGUCACUUCUCUCGCCUCACUGUGCUGCCUAGCAGUCCCUCCCACUCACUCCCGCCCCCGCCCCCCCCCAGUUGGUUCAAGCUCCAACUCAGGAGGGGAGGGUAUGCGCCUCAGGUGGCUCUGUACCCUCCCAGGAGCAAAAGCCAACUAGGAUGAUUGGUUUUGCCAAGAAUCACAGAUGAUCAGAGCCAAAAGGAACUUGGAGUUCACUUAGCGCCACCUCCUUAUGCAAACUCCUGCAGAAACGGAGGCUCGGAGAGGGAUGGUGACCUGCCCAGUGCCACUGCAGAGCCAGCACGAGGGCCCAGGUCUCCGAACUCCCACGUGAUGAUGCCCUCUUCUUGACGAUGUCUUCCAAACCCAUUAAGUGCCUUUUCCCGGGGUUGGGGCUGGGGGUGGCCAGGAAGGGAGAGGGGGCCGGCUGUGAACUGCCCCAUGGUGGGACGGAGCUGUUCCCUCCUCCCUGGCCUGCCCCUUCUGGUCCAUUCCCCAACCCGGCCUGGAAAGUUCCGUGACUGGCCAGCUGCCCCAAUUCCUUGCAGCACUCCCAGACCCUGGGUAUUUUCAUAGGGGCAGCUCGGGCACCGAGACUACCAGGAAUCAGGAGGUGGCCUUAACCAAUUGGACUCAAUGGCUUUCCCUUCACGUUGACUGGACCUUCUUCUCCCAGUGGCCUUUCCCUGAGGAGGCAGGGAGUGGGGAGAGGAAGAAGGAAACAAAGAAGGAAGGAAGGGAGGGGGGAAGGAAGGAAGGAAAGAUGGGAGGAAGUGUAGAUCUCAGCAGGCU